ACGCCGAAUGCACCCUAAGAAAACACCGGAGGGCAUGUGCCUUGUGUGCGCACCAGAUCAGCCGAAUCGUUUCUGUUGAAGAAGCCAUGGAAUCGCGCCGCCUCUUCCUCACUCGCCGCCUCUCCAUCUCCUCCGGCGCCCAGUCCAGCGCCGCUUUCAUCGCCGACGAAAUCUAUGCCCUCCUCACCACACGAUCUUUCCGGGCUUCCGUUAACCGCACGGAACUGUUCAUACGCUCCAAAUCCGUCACAGCCUCCGGCGUCGCCGAGAUGUACCGCUCGGUGGCCGUUGCAGGCCCACCUGGGCAGCCCCUUUACCUCGGCCGCGCGGCCUCCGUGCUGGUCGAGGCAUCCGCGCGCGCGGCCCUCCCCGACGGCGCGCUGCGGCUGCUGGACCUCCUCAUACUCACGCCCAAGGCGCCGCUGCCGUCGGGCGCCUCCUGCGGCCACCUCAUGGCGAAGCUCUUCUCACUCGGGCGCCACGCGGAUGCGCGCCGCGUGUUCGAGACCCUCGGCGAUCGCCAGCGCCGCGAUGCGGUCACCACGGUUUGGAGAGUCGGGAGAGCGGCUGACGCCGUCAAGGUGUUCGGCGAAACGGCGGCCACGACCACGGCGCCAAAAUAUUCCAGUGACCGGUAUGUUACCAUGAAUAUGAUGACUGACUGCCUGAUGAAGGGAGAUCUGGAGGCUGCUUGGAAGUUGCGGACCCAGAUGGUGGAGGCGGGCAUGAAACUACAGAAGCACCACCAGAAAAUGCUGCAAAUGCUGGAAAAAGUCCUGGUGUGCCCAGACAACAACAAGCGGAACGUGCUUAUCGAAGUCUGCGUCAAGGCAGGCGGCAUGGACGAGGCCGUCCAUUGGCUCCGGCAGAUGGGCUACGAUGGCAUGGAACCUCCCAGUGCUCACUCCUACAACUUGGUGAUCGCCGGGCUCUGGAAGGCCGGCAGGGGUGACGACGCUGUCAAGGUGUUCGGCGAGAUGGCAGACAUGCUCGUGGCGCCGAAUCAUUUCACAUAUACUGUCAUGAUCAAUGGCCACUUGAAGAGACUGAGCAGUGUUCUGUCCUCGAGGAAGAACGAGAAUGGAGAUCUGGAGGCUGCGCUCGCCCUGCUGGAUCAGAUGGUGCGGGAUGGCUUCAAGCCACACGAAUACACCUGCCAUUUGCUGAUGGCAGAACACUGCUUAGCUGAAUGGCUGGGAGACGUUACAGCUUUACAUAAGAUCGCUCAUGGCAGCCUGCUUGAGUUCCUAUCUAGAACCAACGAAGAUAAGUUACUGGCCAUCAUUGAGGAAUCUGCGAAGAACGGUGCUGCUGCAGCGGGUAAUGUUUGUACUACCUUUGUCGAGGAGCUUUGCAGGAUUCAGAAAGUUUCACUCGCAGAGAAGGUGCUGCGGACAUUUGCGGAGGCAGGGUUGGUCCCGACGACAGAGAUGUACAACAUUGUCAUUGACGGGUAUUGCAAGACCAGGGACCUCCAAGGGGCGUUCUUGUUGUGUCGCCAGAUGGAAUCACAUGAUCAGCUUGUACCUGAUGAAGCCACCUACAAGUCUCUGCUGCUGGCCGUGCGCAACGACACAACAAGCAUCAUCUACUGGGAGGACGUGGUUGAGUUGUUUGAGAAGAAUGGAAUUAGUACUGAUGCGCUGAACUCCGGCAGUCCUGCUGCAUACGGAUUCAAGUAUAGGUACAGUCUAGUAACUAGAAAGUUUAAGGAAUUGGCGAGCAAGCUAUUUUAGAAUCUGCAGAAUGGAUAUUUUCAUUGCUGAUCUACACUCUUAGCUUAAACUAUUAAACAUAUGCUCGAUGAUGCAGCAUGUAUUCUUUCUUAAGAACUUGUGGAACCUUGUUUGCUCGAUGGCUACAUUCAGAUUGAGGGGCUUGUUCUAA